GAGAGGCUGCCGCAUCCCACAGCCAAAAAUGGCGUCUUCUUCUUCUUCUUCUUCAUGUUUACACAUUUUUAGUCCUUGUAAUUAUCAACAUCAAUCUUCUUUAAGUAUAAAACGGAAUGUAUGCACUGCUUCUGCUUAUACCACUACUCCCCGCAGACUUGCUCUUAUCCUUCUUGGAACCACCGUCAUACCUCAGUUACAGUUAUCUGGAGUGAAUGCAUCCAAACUGCUGACCUCUGAUACUAGCCCUAUCACGGAGGAUAAUGCAUUUGAUUGGUCCAGAAAAGAUAAUAGAAAGAUGUUGCAUGUUGUUUAUCGUGUCGGGGAUUUGGAGAAAACUAUCAAGUUUUAUACCGAGUGUUUGGGUAUGAAAGUGUUAAGGCAACGUAACAUACCGGAAGAAAGAUAUGCAAAUGCUUUCUUGGGAUAUGGACCUGAGAAGGAAUAUAAUUUUGUUGUCGAACUUACUUACAAUUAUGGAGUUGACAAGUAUGAUAUCGGAUCUGGUUUUGGACAUUUUGGUAUUGCUGUUCAGGAUGUUGCUAAAACAGUGGAUCUUGUAAAAGCCAAGGGAGGAAAAGUAACCAGAGAACCUGGUCCAGUCAAAGGUGGUAGUACUGUAAUUGCCUCCAUUGAAGAUCCAGAUGGCUACACAUUUCAGCUCCUUGAGAAAAGGCGUCGAAUUCCCCAGCCUCUAUGUCAAGUGAUGUUAAGAGUAGGAGAUAUUGACCGUUCCAUUAAGUUCUAUCAGCAGGCAUAUGGUAUGGAACUCCUUAGGAAAAGAGAUGAACCUGAGUACAAGUACACCGUAGCCACAAUGGGUUAUGGCUCUGAAGAUGAAACUGCAGUUUUGGAGCUGACAUACAACUAUGGUAUCACAGAAUAUGACAAAGGAAAUGGUUAUGGACAGAUUGCGAUUGGUACCGAUGAUGUAUAUAAGACUGCAGAAGUUGUUAAACUGUUUGGUGGUGACAUAGUACUUGAACCUGGGCCCUUGCCGGUUAUCAACACAAAGAUAACAGCCUGUUUGGAUCCAGAUGGUUGGAAAUCGGUCUUUGUUGAUAACAUUGAUUUCAUGAAAGAACUAGAGUGAGGAAACUUCGUUGAUAUUUGAACUGAGCAGCCAUCAUGUAUUGACGAAAUCUAUCUAUAGAGUUUGCACUGACACUUGAUGUCCUGCCAAUGCUUUUAUAAUAGAUCCACUCUUAUUUGUAAACACAAUCACUCAAAUAGUUAUGAUCCACUCACUGUACAAUUCCAAAACUUGAAGUUUGACACAUCUAGAAUUGCUAUACAAGCCUGUGGACAGCUGAUCUGCAACUUCAAGAUACAGUCUGCUAUGUAAAUCGUGCCAUAUUGGCUCGGCAGUUCAAUAAAUGUUGCAAGCCCUCUAUCCACUUUUGUUUUUCA